UCGUAGCUAAUGCCCAGACUCCAACCCCACGGGAACCCCAAUCCCUAAUUUCCCAAUUAUUCAAACGUGCGGUGUUUUCAUGUAAAAUCCAUCCGUGCUCCUAGAUACUAAAACGCGAUAUGAAUUUACAGUUGAUGGAUUUCUGAAGUAUAAGUUCAAGAAAGUGAGAACGAAAAAGAAAACAAUAAGCAAAUCUGACAAAUGAGUGCAGGUGGAGCGUUUGGUGGAAAUAGAGGAUUGAGCCCAGUACCACCAGAAAAAGGAGUAUUCCCUCUAGACCACAUGCAUCUCUGCGACCAGGAGAAGAAAGACUAUAUCAAUUGUUUAAAAUCUGCUGGCCAUAAAUCUGAAAAUUGUAGACACUUGUCUAAAAAGUACCUCGAAUGCCGUAUGGAAAGGAACUUAAUGGCAAAGCAAGACAUUUCGGAACUUGGAUUUGCAAGGGAAGCCGAUGUAGAGGAAAGUAGUAAUGAAGAAGGAUAGAUAAAUGAAAGAAAGUUAGUAUUGCGUUCACACACUAAACAUUUGCUGAAUGAUGAAAUAAGAAUUGAUUGUAUUAUUUUUGGAUCAAAUAAUGAUAGCCCUGUUGUGCAUGAGGUGUGUUUGUGUGUCUGAGUGCAGUAAUUCAUAUUUGGCUUAGCUUAAAGUGGGGGAAAAAAUGAAGAAAGCCAAAACUGGCUUCAUUUUGUGUU